AUGCUUCAACAACAACUUAGAGGAUUGACUGUAAAGAACAAUGAUGUUGUGUUGUUUAUGAAAGGCACACCUAAUGAACCACAGUGCGGAUUUAGCAGAGCUGUAGUUCAAAUAUUUAACACUCAAGGAAUUGAUAGCACAAAGAUCAAGGCUCUAAAUGUGUUAGAAGAUGUGGAAUUAAGAAAUGGAAUCAAAGAAUAUUCAAAUUGGCCAACUAUCCCUCAAGUUUAUGUAAAAGGUGAAUUUGUUGGUGGUUGUGAUAUUGUAUUGAAUAUGCAUCAGUCAGGUGAAUUAGAAGAAUUACUGGUAAAAAAAGGUUUAAUUACAUCGGAAGAAGAAAACUAA